GGUCAUCAGUUAAAUACCCAAUAAGCAAGCAAGUGAAGUUUAUUUCUCCUCAGCCAAGUCAAUAUAUAAGAUACCUACAAAAUGGUGUGCAAGGGUUGCGGAACAAAUUGCCAGUGCUCGGCACAGAAAUGCGGGGACAAUUGCGCCUGCAACAAUGACUGCCAUUGCGUUUGCAAGAACGGACCCAAGGACCAGUGCUGCAGCAACAAAUGAACGAGCCAACCAACUGAAUAUAACUUCUAAACUAACGCUCAACUCCCAUCGAGUUGGCCAUAAUAAAUAAAGUUUGUGAAGAUUUCGAGCAGUUA